AUGUACGACGAUACGCCCAGAGGCAAUCAGCCUCCUGCGAAUGUUAAUGAUAUUGGAUCUAUGUAUAAUUCGCGGGACACCAGUGCUUCCUCCUUUACAAAUUUAAAUGAUUCUUCUACUCGUCUUUUGCACAAUGGUUCUAAUCAUAACGUCAACAGCGGUGCAUUAGCUGUCGGAGUUGGUGGUAGAAGAGCUAGUGGUUAUUCUCGCCCGAGUCCCCAAACAUAUAAUAGAUAUCCUAAUGGGGAUGCGAGUAAUAGCUCUGGCAUGUAUUCAACGUCACCUCCUCAAAACAACAGCCUCGUGGAUGACAUUGAAAACAUCAACCGCUUAGAAGCUGUUGCUUUCGCCGGCCCUACAGCUGGUGACCAUGAUUUUGCAUUGAGCAAAGAAGAUAAAGAGAUAGAUGACUUUUUGCACUAUCCUUUACCUGCAAAGGAUACUAAAAGAAUAAGUUACUUCGUGGGUGGAGAAGGUUUAAUGCAAUUGCUUUUCCUUAUCUUCCUUAUUUCAGGUACCGGUAUGCUCUUCAUUGGCUUGCCAAUUCUCACUUAUACUGGACAUAACGCUCUCGCAAGUACCUCUGAUAAUGGUAUUACCAAUCAUAAGUUUAGGAGCUUAAGCAUUCUUCGUAGCAAGUCUCUUGUCGAUCCUGAUACUCCUCAAGAUGCUUACACGAAAAAUGUCCCACAUUUAGGCAAUUUAGAUUUGGUAUUCUCGGAUGAAUUUAAUAAGCCUGGUCGUACAUUUUAUGAUGGUGAUGAUCAGUUUUGGGAAGCUACUGACUUGCACUAUGCCGCUACUAGUGAUUAUGAAUAUUACGACGCCGAUACGCCAACAACAGCAAAUGGCACCCUUAGACUUCGAAUGGAUGCAUUCUUCACUCACAAUCUGAAUUUCAGGAGUGGUAUGAUUACGAGUUGGAAUAAAAUGUGCUUUAAAGGCGGAAGAAUAGAGGUUUCCGCUUCUUUAGGUGGUUCACCAGGAGUUCCUGGUCUAUGGCCUGGUAUUUGGACAAUCGGAAACUUGGUUCGUCCCGGUUAUUUAGCUACUUCCGACGGAGUUUGGCCUUAUGCUUAUAACAGCUGCGAUGCUGGGAUCACUCCUAAUCAAUCUGACCCCAGUGGCAUAUCGUUCCUUGGUGGACAAAGACUUCCCAGUUGUGUUUGCGAUGACCAAGGAUACGAACACCCGAGUCCCGGAAAAGGUCGUGGUGCUCCUGAAAUUGAUUGUUUAGAAGGGACGUUCGGUGCUGCAAUUCCUUACAAUGGAUCGGUCCAAAUGGAGACUAUGCCCGUUGCUUCUCAAUCUCUUCAAACUGCUCCUUACGAUAUGUUUUAUUUUCCUAAUUACGACUAUGUCGUUGUCUACAACCAAAGUGUUUCAGAAGUUAACGGUUGGACGGGUGGUGUAUAUCAGCAAGCUUUGUCUGUCGCCACACAAUUGAACAAUACUUGGUUGGGUAACAGAGCGUAUCAAAUAUAUGGAUUUGAUUAUCAGCCCGGUUACGACGCAGAUUCUUUCAUUUCAUGGUUUGUUGGUGAAAACUAUACUUGGACUAUGUACCAACCUGCCAUCGGUCCUAAUGGAAAUGUCGGAGCUCGUGGCGUAAGUGAAGAACCUUUGAUUGUUAUUCUGAAUAUGGGUAUCUCACCCUCAUGGGUUUACUUUUACUGGUACGAAUUAAGUUUCCCUCAAACGCAGUACAUUGACUACGUGCGUAUUUACCAGGAUACUUCGAGUAAUUCGAAACAUGAGCUUGGGUGUGAUCCUAAAGGCUAUCCGACUACGGAGUAUAUAAGUAAGCAUCCUAAAGCCUAUCGUGACUACAAUACUACUAGUUGGGAAAUGGCUGGGUAUAAGCGUCCUAAGAACAAAUUGAUGGAUGGUUGUUAG